CCUUGUGUAACCGGCGGGAUUAUUCUGAUCCUGAGCUGUCCGGCAUAAACUCCACGAUUUUCCAUUAACAUAAACGAGCUUUUUUAAUGUUUCAUUUCGGGAAUCAUACGGAAUUUAAUCAGUGGAUGAGAAUUUACAAGAGUUUAAUGGAUUUUCCUUUUCAGAAGACAGAAUAAAUUCCUUCACAGCAGAAUAUAACGGCAGUAGUAUGCUUCCUCUGUAUCUGGCCGUGCUACUGUCGUUUGGCCGUCAUGGAAGGGAUCCAGAUGUCAACUGCAUUAUGGAUUAGCUCCUCCCACUCACUGGCAAGAUGAUGGCGUCUGUGGUCUCCAGUGGUACCAGGGGGCAGACCCUAAAUCUUAGGGGCGUAGAUCCAGAAACAUGCAUGAUUGUCUUCAAAAACCACUGGGCACAGGUUUUGCGGAUCCUGGAAAAGCACGAGCCGACCCGCAACGGCGGCCAUCUCUGUUCAGGCCCGAUCUCCUGUGAUGAAGCAAGUGCUGUGCAAAACUAUGUGGAGCACAUGCUGUUCCUCCUGACGGAGGAGGAGUGCGGUGUGGGCGGAGCCAUGGGCCCCAUUCUGGAGUUUGUGCUGCUGGAGAACGUGAUGGAGCGCCUGUUCGUGUGGAGCCUGCGUCGUGACUUUACAGAGGCGGCGAAGCUGGAGCAGCUGUGUAUGUAUGAGAUGCUGGUGGCACGGGCACGACAGCCCCUGCUGCACCACAAGCCCAUCCUGCGUCCAUUCGCCAUGCUGCUUUCCUCCUGUGGCUCCAGCUCAGCGCCGGUGGAGGCCGAGUUGGUGCGACUGCUUCACCGGCUGUGUUGCAUGCUGGCACAUGAUGACUCCGCCCUCCAGCUCUUCCUCUUCCACAGUGGGCAGGAUCAGGGUGCUGCCAACUUCCUGCUCUUUUCACUGCUGUUGCCUUUCGUGCAUCGAGACGGGCCGGUGGGUGUGCAGGCCCGGGAUGCUCUCGCCCUCAUUGUGGCGUUGUCAGCACGUGACAUCACUGUGGCCAAUUACAUCACCCAGAACACCUACUUUUGCCCGGUCUUGGCCACAGGGUUGAGUGGUCUGUAUUCCUGGCUUCCGGCUAAGCUCGAGGCCUACAGUGAAGGAUGGCACCGUUUGGAGGAAGCAGAUUGGAUGCAGGUGCCAGCACUCGUACAGUUCCUCAACUCUCUGCACUUCUGUAGCACCGUGUGUAAGGUGGCCCAUCACUCUGUCAGAGAUCAGCUGCUUGGGUACAUCUAUAACGGUUUCCUUGUGCCAGUCAUGGCUCCUGCAUUACACAAGUUGACUUUGGAGGAAGUGAUGACAACAACAGCUUAUCUGGAGCUCUUUUUGCGGCAUAUCUCUGACCCCGCCCUCCUCCAGACAUUUCUUAUUUUCAUCCUCAAGCAUCGUCAUGACAAUGUCAACAUUCUUGAUACGCUCGUCAGCAGAAUCAACACUCCUUUUCAGUUGGGAACGGUAUCUCUGGCUUUGUUUCGCACUCUGAUUGGUCUGUACUGUGAGGACGUCAUGCUGCAGCUCAUUCUCAGGUAUCUGAUUCCGUGCUCUCACCUGCAGUGCAAGGGACGGCGUAGACUCAGAGAGCGAGACUGCUACUCUUCCAGCGCUGCUGCUCUUAUCUCUCUCACUCCCUCGUUCCUCAUGGACAGACCCUGCACCUCUCCAACACUGCCCCCUAAACCAGACUAUAUCCUCUGGUCAAAGGUCACCGAAGGGCUGCUAAUGGGGAACAUGGGGUUUGAAGAUCUUUUCCUGGGUGUGGAUGGUUUCGGAGACUCCAGCUGGAUGAACUUUGAGCUACUGAUGUACAAAAACUACCUCCAGUACCUGAGUGACGCACGCAGCAUCAUCGGCACCAGUGUGCAGGCGUGUCAGGUAUGGUCUGCCCCUUACGACGGACUCAAUCCCUCACCUGAUGACUACCAAGGAGAGGAGGAGUUCGAGGCGCAAGAGGAUGGAGAGAGGGAUGAGGAUGAGUGUCCACCUCUCAAAACUCCUCCACUCCAGCCCCCAACCCCACAGCACACGAGUUUGAGUCGGACACCAGAGCUGGAGUGGGACGACAGUUAUGACGCAGCUCCAGACAGAGAGGAAAACGAGAAUUUCCACAUUGUAGAGCAUCCUCAACCUCCGGAACACAUUCAGGAGAUGCGGAAAAGUGCCAUCAUGCUGAUUCAUGGGUCUUACGUCGAAGAGUCCGAGUUCCAGGAUGAUGUAUUGGUUUAUAAUCUCAUUGCGCAGAGGGAUACACGAGAUGACCGGAUUGCGUCCUUAAAAAACGUUCCCGGGAUUCAAAAUGAAAAGACGAUGCAAACUGAAACGAACAGCAACACACACCUUUACACUAACUGUAGUACACAGAAUGACGUAAACAAUAAGGUACAAAAUCAGGAAUCAGAAGAAGUUUCACUUCUAUUAAACGGACCUAUUGAUGAGAAGAAUACAGACCAAUCGUACGAUAAAACUGCUCACAUUCACAAGAACCAGAGCACGGUUUUAGAAGAGCAACCUCAGGAUACAUCCAAUGCCUCCUCUGUGCAAUGUACUGGAGAGGACUUUAUUUCCCAGUGCCUCCAGCUCAUUGAAUGGGAUAAACAGAGCAUGCUGGGAGAUAAUGUUUAUUUCCAGAGGCUGACUGCGCUCUUGUACGGCGAAGAGACUGAAACUGACUUUAAUUCCAUUUGCACUGAUGAUGAAGACGGUGAGAUGAAUGAAGGAGCAGAGCAGAGAGACGGUGAUGGAAAGAAACGUGUCCCAUUUACAGGCCCUUUCAUCAGCGUGCUGCUCUCUCGCCUGGAGAACAUGUUGGAGAAUUCCAUGGAGGUGAACCUGCUGGUGACGGGAAUCCUGGCUCAGCUGGCAGCGUAUCCACAACCCCUGCUGCGCUGCUUCCUGCUCAACACCCAAGCCGUGUUCCACCCCAGCGUCCGCUCUCUCUACCAGGUGCUGGUUUCUGUGGGUUGCCAGAUUGAGCAGCAUGCAGCGUCCAGGCCCGAGUUUGCUCAAAUGGUACGAGAUGCCACUCAGUAUCUGCUGCUCAGAGACGAAGCCUUAAAGGAUAGAGAGCGGGAUUUCCUGCAGGAAAACGGACUCGGCUGGUUUCUCAAUGGGCACGUCUCCGGCCGGCUGCUGAAAUCUCUUCCUCCAUGUCCCAAGAUUCCUCCUCAGUCCAGGAAUGGUGUAUUUGCCACAUUCCUUUACGCUGAGUUCCUGAAAGAGCUGGCAGCCAUCGCGCAGGAACACUCCAUACGCCCGGACUUAUUCAUGGAGGAGUAGAAAAAAUACAAAAACCUCAGUGCAAAUUGCGUCCAAAAUUAAACAAGCGUUUGUGUCAUUAAAUGCUUAUUUCCUAAAGUCUUCAGUUGCUGGGAAAAAAAUCUGAAAUAUUUUCUACUUCUUCAUUUCAUACUUGGCAACAGUGGGAUAAGGCUGCAAAUUAAAGGUGCAAUCUGUAAUUUUUUUAAAGUGUUUAUAUACAUAUAUUAAUUACAUGAUUUCACAGAUAAGAAUACUUUAAAACGAAUGUCAUUCACAAUAUUAACCUGCAGCGAACUUUUUUUUAUUAUUUUUUUUUUAAUUUCAGGUUUCUCUUUACAUUUUUUCCUCAGUCCAGACAUUAGCUCUGCCCCAGAUGAAACACAGCUACUCAGCUCAGCCUCUUUUUCCUUUUGCCACUCUAAAUGUAUAGCUUAAGGAAAGAGAAAGGUUUGUUAGUGUUUUCAUUGCAAUUGUAAUUCACCUCAGAGGGCUCCAAAAAUACAAACUGCUCCUUUAAUGGCCUUAUUACUGUAUGUUGUUAGCAUACAUGAUACCAGCUUGUACAGGGGGGUUUAAUGCUGCUUUAGUGGUUUGAUUUGUUUUGUGUGUUGUGUAUAUUUACAAAUGCACUUACAGUAGUUUAUAUGUAUGUAUUGAAUAUGCGUUUCAUUUGUACUUCAUUUGUUGUUACUUUGUAAAAUGUGUGUGUGUGUUAAUUAAAUGUGAUAAAUAAACUUUAAUAUAUGUUUGACCCAAAUUUUCAUUCACACAGUUUGAAUGUCAGCAAUCUGCUGAGACAGGUUUGGCGUCUGAUAUUUGCUUUUUUUUCUGUAGGUACUGGUACUACAUUUAAACAUUUUCCAGUUCCAAAAAAGCUUUUCCAAAUUCAAUUCCAAACUUUUCCAUUGGAUCAGAUCCUUUUUAUUUUUCAAUAUCUGUUCCACACUUUUGUUUUUUCUAGUUCAUUUUAUGUACAGCUCAUUUCUAUUAGUUAAUAAAAUAAA